UAAAGCUUAUUCAAUAAGAUUCUUAAAACAAAAUCCGCAUUUAUUUAAGUUACUUUGUGAUAAAAGGAGGAAGUACAGUUCAAAGUGGAAGCUGUUAUGCGCAAUGUCGGAAGGAGCUGAAGAAUAUACCAUAUUAAACCGUCUGAAACUCGCUACCAGUUUCGUAUCAACGAGUUUUUCGGAGCCCGUACGUCUGCGCAUUGGCAAGCAGGGUCUCACAGCGGCAGCACCGCAGACCAUACCACAACUSUUUCGUGAUUGUUGUCAGCGUUUUCCACACUCGCCAGCGUUGGCUUAUGAGCGGUAUAACAACAAAAACGGAGCUCAUAYCAACAACACUUGGACGACCACAACAUAUGCAGAGUACGAGCGAAAUGUCGAGAAAGCGGCACUUGCGCUCUUGCACAUCGGGCUCACCGAGAACAGUAAUGUCUGUGUGCUGGCUCACAAUUGUCCCGAGUGGUAUUAUGUGCAGUUCGGCGCGCUACUGGUCGGUGCCGUGGUCUCGGGCAUCUAUUUGACCAGCUCGCCAGAGGCAGUCAAGCAUGCGUUGGAGGCGUCGGCUGCCACGGUUUGCGUGGUUGGCGAUGCGACGCAGUUGGCGAAGGUGUKUGCCGUAAGGACGGAGUUGCCGCUACUGCGUGCAGUUAUAUUGUUGGAAGAGAGUUAUGAGGAUAAUUUGAGAGCAGUCGGUGGCUAUUACCUGUGGUCGGACUUGAUGUCAUUGUCAUUUGAUCCCCAGCUGCGGCAAGAAUUGUUCYUUAAAGAGAAACAGAUCGCGGCGAAUCAAUGCGCAUUACUCAUUUUUACGUCUGGCACAACGGGACUUCCGAAAGUAGUAAUGCUUUCUCACGAUGCCAUCGUAUCAAAUAUUAAAUUUUGUUAUGCAACCGUUGGACCUUUUAGGARGGAGCCAGGUGUAACAAUGUCGUAUUUGCCGCUAAAUCACGUCGCCGCACAACUCUUCGAAGUUUUGAUGCCUUUGCUAUGCGGAGAUUGUGUCUAUUUCGCGGAUCGAGAUGCGCUGAAAGGAAAAUUGAUAAAAAACUUACGAAUUGCGCAGCCAACGCGUUUAUUUGGCGUACCACGCGUUUACGAGAAAAUACAAGAAGAACUGCUGGUAGCCGAAGCGAACUCCUCGUACUUGUGKCGCUUGCUCUCGAGUUGGGCCAAGCGAGUCUUAUUGAAGAGCUAUUUCUGCAAUGCCGAUGGCCUUGAACCAAAGAGGACCCUCAGUUACAUAUGCGCUUCAUUGAUCGUGCGUAAGUUUAAAGCUCAAGUCGGCCUCGGUCGCUGCGCUUACCUUUGGGCUGGCGGUGCUCCAUUAUCGGCGCAAGCGAAGAAGUACUUCCUCAGCAUGGACAUACCGGUCGCUGAUAUGUUCGGUGCUUCGGAGGCAGGAGGUGCUAUGACAAUAACACGCAGCUAUUGUCAUUUGGAGAGUAGUGGCAGAGUAAUGUUAGGAAUCGAAGUUAAGAUCGAUAAGCCGAAUGAGCAGGGRCAGGGAGAGAUUUGCCUACGCGGACGAUGUAUAAUGAUGGGUUACCUUAACAACGAGGAGAAGACCCACGAAUGCAUCGACUCAGAUGGUUGGAUGCAUAGUGGGGAUGUGGGGCACUUGAGUACUGACGGCUGCCUACAUAUUACCGGACGCAUAAAGGAUAUUGUGAUUACCGCAGGCGGGGAGAAUAUACCACCUUUAUAUAUUGAGAACCGCAUCAAAGCCGAACUACCAUGUGUCAGUAACGCGUUGGUGGUGGGCGAUAAAAGAAAGUUCUUGGUUGUACUACUAACACUGAAAACGGACAUUGACAACGCCACUGGCUUACCGUUUGACACUCUGCAUUUGGAUACUGUCUCUUGGUUGAAGUCGCUUGACAUUCACCAAACGCGCUUGUCGGAAGUUCUWAAUAUACCGGCGUUUACACCGAGCUUUGACUAUAAAGGAUCAGUUAUUAAGCCGAACCAAAAGGUUGUUGCGGCUGUAGAAGCUGGUUUGACUCGUGCCAACAAAAAUGCUUUAUCACGUGCCCAAAGGGUUCAGAAAUUCGCAUUAUUGCCUCAUGACUUCACAGUGCCAACAGGCGAGUUAGGUCCCACUUUGAAGUCGCGACGUGCUUUCAUUUGCGAGAAAUAUGCGGAUAUAAUAGAAGAGUUGUAUAAGGAAAGCAGUAGAUUGACCAAAAAGGAGAGAAAGAAACCCGCAAAUAUAAAGACCUUGAAAUACCGAUUUAAACCAGCUGUUGUUAUGGGUGACGCACAGACUUUACAACUUUUGUCAGCCACUAACCUCAAAGAUGCCACCAGCUACACAUCCACAUCUCUAACGGAACCGGUAAAGCUACGCGUUACCGCAGGCGACUUGGCGUCGACUCCGCCUCAAACCAUACCACAAUUUUUCCACGAAAUAUGCCAAAAGUAUGCGAAUUUGCCCGCACUUUACCAUGCCCACAAUGCAAACAAUGACGGUGACGGUGCGAGUUCGAAAUCUGGGAGAAUGGUUACUUAUGCAGAAUAUGAGCAAAAUGCGGAGCAGGUUGCGCUCGCUCUAAUGUAUGUAGGUCUACGUCCGCGCACCGCAGUCGGCAUACUCGCCUUCAAUUGUCCGGAAUGGCUUUACACCGAAAUGAGAGCUUUGCGCGCUGGUGGCAUUGUGACCGGCAUAUAUCUGACCAGUUCGCCGAAAGCAGUGCGUCAUGUGCUCGGAACGGCGGAAGCGACCGUUUGUGUGGUGGACAACGCCAAGCAGAUGGCAAAGGUGCGCCAAGUCAAAGGAAGUUUGCCACAUUUGCGCGCCGUUAUUCAGCUCUUUGGACCUUUUGAUGAGUUUGUGGGCAGCGUUGAAGGGUAUUAUCGUUGGGACGACUUGAUUACUAUGAAAUUCGAUGCACAGCUGAAAGCUGAACUAAUCGAGCGCGAACGAGAUCAGGCGGCUAAUGAAUGUGCCAUGCUAGUUUUCACCUCUGGAACCGUAGGUUUGCCAAAAGCAGUUAUGCUAUCGCAUGACAAUAUUCUGGCUAAUUCGAAAUCUGCUACCUUUCACAGAGACUUCGCGGAUGGCAGCGAUGUAAAAGUGAGCUUUUUGCCGUUGAGCCACAUCGCAGCUCAAAAUUCCGACGUUUUCAAUAGCGCCAAUACUGGCACCUGCAUUUACUUUGCAGACAGUGAUGCCAUGCGCGGAAGCUUACAGAAAACGUUGAUUAUAGCGCGUCCUACGAGAUUCUUUGCGAUACCACGAGUUUUAGAGAAGAUGCGAGAGCGUUUGCAGCAGCAGGAGGCAGCGUCGUCGUGGCUAACGCAAGGCGUUAUGAAGUACGCACGAUGGGCAACCCUAAAAAGUUACCGAGAGCAUUCAGGGGAGGGAAAGCCGGAAUAUUCUAUCAAAUAUUGGCUAGCCUCUUUUGUUACGCACAAAAUUAAAGUUUCUUUAGGUCUCGAUCGUUGUAAAUUGAUAAACGCCGGUGGCGCACCUGUUUCCGCCGACCUAAAGACAUUUUUUAUUAGCAUAGAUCUACCGAUACUUGAGACUUAUGGCCUCUCCGAAGUUUCCGGUGGCUCUACGAUAACUUCAGAAGCACUACAAAUUAAUGGAGCUGGAAAACCUUACCCAGGCUUAGAAGUAAAAAUCGAAAAGAUCGACCAGGAAGGUCGAAACGAGAUCUGCUUUCGUGGUCGCUACAUAUUUAUGGGUUAUUUGAACGAACCACAGGAAACAAAGAAAGCUAUCGACGCAGACGGCUGGUUUCACACGGGCGAUAGCGGUUAUCUAAACGAAUCUGGCGAUAUCAUAAUAACGGGCCGCUUAAAGGAGCUGAUUGUCACAGCUGGCGGUGAGAAUAUACCGCCGGUGUACGUUGAAAACCUACUAAAGAAGGAGUUACCUUGUGUGAGCAAUGCCAUACUUGUUGGCGAUAAACGAAAAUAUCUCGCUAUACUUCUGACAAUCAAGACCGAUAUGGAUGUUAAUACUGGAAGGCCCUUGGACACCUUACAGCCAGUUGCCAUCGAAUGGUUUAAGUCUCUGGGCUUCAACUACACUCGUCUUUCAGAAGUCUUGCGUAUUCCUGCUCAAUUGGAAGACUUCAAUGCAGGAACAGUGGAAGUGCAUCCAGAACCCAAGGUGGUGGCUGAAAUACAGAAGGGAAUCGAGCGUGCAAACGAAAACUCAUUAUCGAAUGCGCAGAAAGUGCAGAAGUUUGCGAUUUUGCCACAUGAUUUCUCAAUACCUACUGGUGAAUUGGGACCCACAUUGAAGUCUCGACGUAAUGUUAUUUUACAAAAGUAUGCCAAAGUUAUCGAUCGUCUUUAUAAAUAAAAUAUUAACAAAUUGC